GCUCUGUGGUGCGGGCGCGGCUGUGGCCGGCAGCGGCCUUCUGCGCCGCGCGGGGAGCUCGUGAAUAUUCAGCGGGUCGCCCCGGCCCCGGCUCGACCUGCUGUUCGUGCGGCGCUUCCUGAGGAUCCAGGCAGUGCUGUUUCCCAAAUGGCCCUCCCAGAACGUGCUGAUGUUCCUGACGCUGCUCGGCGUGGCCGUGCUGGAGCAGCUGGUUAUCUAUCAGGUCGGUGUCAUCCCCAGCCGGUACUACGAGGUGCUGGGGAACAAGGACUUCUCUGGAUUCCAAGUGCUGACCGCCAUCGCGCUGACCAUGAUUGUAGUGAACUCCACGCUAAAAAGCUUCGACCAGUUUAUCUGCAACCUGCUGUACGUGAGCUGGAGGAAAUCUCUCACUGAAUACCUCCACAGCUGCUACUUCCAGGGCCAGGUCUACUACAGCCUGCACAUUCUGCGCGAGGACAUCGACAACCCGGACCAGCGGAUCAGCCAGGAUGUGGAGAGGUUCUGCAGGCAGCUCAGCUCCAUGGCCAGCAAGCUUGUCAUCUCUCCCUUCACACUGGCAUACUACACAUACCAGUGCUUUCACAGCACAGGCUGGCUAGGCCCUGUGAGUAUCUUUGGGUAUUUCGUCAUUGGGACAAUCAUUAACAAGGUACUGAUGAGCCCAAUUGUAUCUAAACUUGUGCAGCAGGAAAAGCUGGAGGGAGAUUUCAGGUUCAAGCACAUGCAGAUUCGUGUCAAUGCAGAGCCAGCUGCUUUCUAUAGGGCCGGGCGAGUGGAGCACAUGCGCACUGACCGCAGGCUGCAGAGCCUGCUGCAGACCCAGAGGGAGCUGAUAGGCAAGGAGCUGUGGCUCUACAUUGGAAUCAACACCUUUGACUACCUGGGCAGCAUCCUGAGUUACGUGAUCAUUGCCAUUCCUAUCUUUUCUGGGGUCUAUGGUGACCUGAGUCCAACAGAACUCAGUGCCUUGGUCAGCAAGAAUGCCUUCGUUUCCAUCUACCUCAUCAGCUGCUUCAGCCAGCUUAUAGACCUCUCCAGCACUGUGACCGAUGUUGCUGGCUACACGCACAGGAUUGGUGAACUGCAGGAGACCUUGCUGAGCCUUGGCAGAAGAGAAAAUGAAAGCUACUCAGAAGCCAAAGCCUGGGACUCAGACAGCAGUGAGUCUGGGGAGGACCCAGAGCCAAGGGACACAGCUUUCCUUCUGGAGCGAGUGACGCUCUCAGUGCCAUCCUCUGGCAAGCUGCUCAUCAAGGACCUGAGCCUCAGGAUCUCUCAAGGAGACAGCAUGAUGAUCAUGGGGAACACUGGCACGGGGAAGACAUCUCUCCUGAGGGUCCUUGGGGGACUCUGGGAGAGCACACAGGGGAAUGUCCGGAUGCUGACCUGCUUUGGCCCCCGUGGAGUGCUGUUCCUGCCACAAAGGCCAUUCUUCACUGACGGCAGCUUGCGUGAACAGGUGAUCUAUCCUCUGAAGGAGAUCUAUCCAGUUUCAGCAAUGGUCUCCACCGAUGUUUCCUGUAUUUACACACUUUCUCCCCUAGGAUCUGCAGAUGAUGAGAGAAUUGUGCAGUUCCUGGAGCUGACAGGGCUGACUGAUCUGUUGGCAAGGGCUGGAGGACUGGACGAACAGGUGGACUGGAACUGGUAUGACGCCCUGUCCCCAGGGGAGAUGCAGAGGCUCUCGUUUGCACGGCUCUUCUACCUUCAGCCAAGAUAUGCGGUGCUAGAUGAAGCCACCAGUGCUCUGACAGAAGAGGUUGAACACGACCUGUACCGUGUGUGCCUUCAGCUGGGCAUGACUCUGAUCAGCGUGGGACACAGGGCCAGCCUGGAGAAGUUCCACAGCUGGAUUUUGAAACUUCAUGGAGAGGGAAAAUGGGAACUCACUCGAUGUGAGAAGAUGAAGAGGCUUCCAUCCUGGGAAGAAUGACAAAAAACAUCCUAAUCUGGCCAGCUGUAGAAACUACACAUACUUGGGAGAGCUCUAAAUAGCACACAUGGAGCUGCAGAACUGUCAGCAAGAGAUUCAGUUGGUUGGUGCAAGACCAAUUGUGGAAUUUGCUGAUGGACACAGGGCUAAGUUUGAACUUAUACCAGGACCAGAUGCAUCCAUCCUAUCCUUCUCCCAGCUUCCUUGUUCCUCUCUGCCACUGACAAGAGAAGGGGUUGGGCUGCUAGGUUGCCAAAAAAAGAGAUGACACUACCUCAUGGCAUUGAGGAUGCAGCAGUGUGAUGCUAGGAUAGAACCUGAUGUUCUUCUGUCUGUGCCUUGCUGAGACCUCUGCCUCCGUGCUACAGAAUUGGCUUCUGAGCCUCUGGCUCCCCAAGCAGCAGGUAAGGGAUGCAUUUUGAUAGGAGAAAAAGACUGGCACAGAAAAUAACAUGGCUCUCAUCUCCUGAAGACGCAUAAUAACAGAUCAAAUAAACAUUUUUGUAUUGAAA